UACAAUUAAAUACAUUUAUUGACGCAUGUUGUGUCGGAAGUUGCUGGCAAGUGUUCGCUCUGUGAGAAGCGAGCUGAUCUACCAGAAUGUCAGGACUGGAGCUCAUUUUACUUACAUUCCUCAGACACCUAACCCCUCCCUCGGAGAGACGAGUAAAUUGAACAUGUUCCAAAGUAUCAACAAUGCCAUGGACAUUGCAAUGGAAAAGGAUCCCAGUACAGUUCUGUUCGGAGAGGAUGUGGCAUUUGGAGGAGUAUUUAGAUGCUCACUUGGACUGCAAGACAAAUACGGCUCCGACAGAGUUUUCAACACACCGUUAACAGAGCAAGGUAUCAUAGGGUUUGGUAUUGGAGUUGCUGCUGCUGGCACCACUGCCAUUGCUGAGAUACAGUUCGCUGACUAUAUCUACCCCGGCUUUGAUCAGCUCGUAAACGAGGCAGCAAAGUACCGAUAUCGUUCUGGUAACGAGUUCAACUGUGGAGGGCUAACAGUGCGCGCACCCUGGGGCGCAGUUGGACACGGUGCACUCUACCACUCUCAGUCACCCGAAGCGUUCUUCGCGCACGUGCCCGGAUUAAAGGUAGUGAUACCGAGGGGCCCAACCCAAGCCAAGGGACUGCUCCUGUCCUGCAUCCGAGAUCAGAACCCCUGUAUUUUCUUCGAACCCAAGAUUCUCUACAGGAUGGCAGCUGAGGAAGUUCCUGUCAAUGAUUACACGCUCCCCCUGUCCACAGCAGAGGUCGUCAGAGAGGGUACGGACGUGACCAUGAUAGGAUGGGGGACUGUUGUGCACGUGCUACUUGAAGUCGCGCAGAUGGCGCACGAGCAGAUGGGGGUGAACUGUGAGGUUAUUGACCUGCAGACUAUCAUGCCUUACGACUCAGCUACAAUUGAGAAGUCGGUUAAAAAGACAGGCAAGUGCAUGGUGGUCCACGAAGCUCCUCUCACACAGGGAUUCGGAGCUGAGAUUGCAGCCAGAUUACAGGAAGAGUGUUUCCUCCAUCUAGAAGCUCCCAUACAGCGUGUAACAGGAUGGGACACACCCUUCGCCUACAUAUACGAGCCCUUCUACCUGCCCGACAAGUGGCGUUGCUACGAGACCGUCAAGAAGCUGGUCGAGUACAUGUAAUCACUUUAUCAUCUCAGUCACGUGACCACGUGGUCUCUGUCACGUGAUCACCAGAACUGCAGAUUCUGUGAUCACCCUGGAAGAAAUGUUAGGUACUGUUGAGGACUUUUAGAGUGAACUACCCAGGUCAGAUUUCAACUAGAUAUUUGAUAUUUUUUAGUUAAUUUUGUGAAAG